CGUGCUGUGAGGACCACUCUCACUCCCAGCUUCCCUGCUGUGCGCCUCUCAUACAUAAACACAACAUUUGAUAAGUGAAGUAACAUCACGUAUUACUUUUACAGUUAGCAUGUGUCUAAACAAUGUAGUUUACACAUGGGGGCGCCGCAAGUAAUAUUGUACACAAAGUUGAUGGGUGAAAAGUUGGUUGAAUAACUCAUGAAACAGUUUACUGGGGCCAGUACGCCAAGGUUGAUGACCCCCAUAACAGUUGACUUAAAAUGUCUCAAGAUCACUUUAACUGAAAAGAUAAGCUUUUGCAAACAUACACUAAAUUAAGUUUGGCUUAGUGUAAGACUGGCUGAGAAAGGAGUCCUGUGAUUGGCCGAGCCUUCACCGCAUCGUCGACCAAUGGGAGGCCUCCUUGAGUGGACGCUGCUUUCCCUCCUCUUUGUCCUUUGCGGGGCAGGACUGGCCCUCCAGAUCACAGGUAUUGGAGUGCCACCAACUGCCAUCAGUGGAGACACUGUCACUUUGUCGUGCUCCUUCGAACUCAACGGCGACGAGCUCUACUCUCUCACCUGGUGGAAGGACGACAAGAUGUUCUUCAAUUACGUCCCCAACAGCAGUCAACCCAAGUCUGUUUACGCUACGCCCGGGAUCACAGUUGAUGAAGGGAUCUCGACUCUUCACGAGGUGGUCUUGUCUCACGUGGACCACCGCGCCUCGGGCAAGCUACGCUGCGAGGUACUGGCAGACAAACCCACCUUCGAACAGGACACUAUGGACGCCAACAUGACUGUCAUAGAUAUCCCUGCGCGGGGCCCCACCAUCACAGGGCGACGCGAGAAUUAUCAAGUUGGGGACUUGCUGUUGUUGAACUGCUCAUCCCCUUACUCCUACCCUCCCACCACCCUCACCUGGCACAUCAAUGGUCACAUGGCAUCACGAGAGACGGUGGUGGUUUACCCAGGAGAAACCGACAGUGAUGGCUGUGAGGCUUCCUGGUCUGGUCUGCAGAUGAUGCUUCAGAACGAACACUUUCAGCAGGGUGUCCUCAUCCUGCGGUGCACAGCCUCCAUCCUCCACGUCUACAGGCUCUCUACAGAGGUCAUGAUCACUGAUUCAAGCUAUAUAGAAAGUUCUCCGAGGGAAGGUGCCUCCACUGGUGGUGCUGACUGUUCAUCUAUCGUGCUGCUGUUGAUGCUGUUACCGCUUGUCCUCUCUAACCUGGACACCUGAGGUCACUGCAAGUGGGGCGCGUUUUGCAAUUUGUAAAUGCCGUCAACUGAAUCCAGACUGUAGUUAUGAUAUUAGCAUAUGGAUAUUUUAUAAAGCUUUCAGUGUGAUCGUAGUAGCCAUUUCCAGAGUGCUGUGAUGGACAGGAAACUGAAGAUGGAAAAGAAAUCCUUAAAACAUAUUUUGAACACUGGUAAGCUAAUGGGAUGUAUAUAUAAGCAAGGUCAUCUGGAAUAUAAAGAACUGAACUUGUUGUUCCGAAAUGUUUGAAAAUUGGCUGAUUUACAAAGGCAACCUAUAUUUUUGCUUGCUUUAAAAACACUUAAAAAAGUUUUAAUCAUAAUUGAAUGCCCCAUUAUUUAGUUCCUCUCUGUUAAAUUGUUGUUUCAUAACGUGCAGUUAUCUGAUAGUUAUCAGUUAUCCCCAUAUUUCGCCAACAUAUUAAGAAUGCACUUUCUUCGAAACUGAUUUGUUUUAGGUUUAAAGAACUUAAUUACAGUAUAUGUAACACAUUCCCUCUGAAUUACCAAACUCAAAACAUCAGAAUAUGUUUUGGCAAUUUUCCCACGUUUCUCUAAUCCAUUCAUUCCUUUCAGAAUAUUGUAACUAUUCCCUAUGUUCUCUCUGUUGUGAUUCAUUCCUUUUAAAAUUGUUCAAUGGAUCAAAUUAUGCUUCCAAAAUGUCCUAAAAUUAUUUGUAUGUAGAAUUGUUAAUUAAUCUUCAUUGUGAAAUUUCUUUGAACUAUUCUUAUUAUAUUACAAAAGAACAAUGGUAGCAUUAGGAGAGUAUUUUAAUCACACCUGAAAUGUCUAACGCAGAUAGUUAAUCACAUCUGUAUGAAAUAUUCAUCAGCUUGUAACGCUCCUGCCCAUAUAUGCAAAUCCCCCAAACGCAUUUCAAGCAGUAAAGUUUAACUUAUACAUUUGUUGUUGUUGCAAUGAUCUUGAAAUAAUAAUAAUCAUUAUUUCUUGAAACAUGCAGUUUCGUGUAGGCUCUCCAAAUACAACAAAUUAUUAUUGUUUAUGGGUUGUAUCUUAAUAAACAAAAAUUGUCUUGUAUUCGAGAAUUUACAUGAAAUUGAAUUAUACAAAAGCUUGAUGGUAAACUAGCUGAAUUAAGAUAUUUCCUGCACUUUAACACCACAUCGUGUAUUACCAACUGGAAAACAUGCAACAAUAACGAUGAAGUAUAUUAACUUAUCAUAACGAAACCGAGAUAGACGUACAAUCAAAAUAAUUAAACAGUAAGUACUGAAUUUCAGAGAUUGAACAGUCAACUAUUUCCAUACUCUUUUACAGACAUCCAGUGAACCACAAAUUUUAACAUACAUCAAAGCACAAUCUUUUACAAAUCUCAAGCAAACCACAAACAUUUAUAAACAUCACUACAAUAUUUUACAAACAUCCAGCAAACCACAACCUUUCACAAACAUCCAGCAAACCACAACCUUUCACAAACAUCCAGCAAACCACAACCUUUCACAAACAUCCAGCAAACCACAACCUUUCACAAACAUCCAGCAAACCACAAUGUAUUGAAAUUUCAGUAUAUACAUCUCGUCAUUAUUAAAGCCUACAAUUCACAUACUGUACUCCAUCAAUAUCAUUAGAACCUACAAUACACACGCGUCAUCAUCAUCAGAGCCUACAAUAUAUACGCUCCAUCAUCAUUAAAGCCUACAAUACACACACUCAUCACCAGAGCCUACAACAUACACACUCAUUAUAAUCAAAGCAUACAAUACACUCCACUCCUAUAGAGCCCAAUAGGCUCGGGAAUCUGUACACCAGUUGAUUGACAGUUGAGAGGCGGGACCAAAGAGCCAGAGCUCAACCCCCGCAAACACAACUAGGUGAGUAUUCCAUCAUCAUUAUAAUCAGAGCAUACAAUACACUCCAUCAUCAUUAUAAUCGCAAGAUUCAAAACACUCCAUCAUUAUAAUCGCAAGAUUCAAAACACUCCAUCAUCAUCAGAUUACAAUACACUCCAUCAUCAGACAACAAUACACACCAUCUUCAUAUUCAACGCCUACGAUGCACUCCAUCAGACUGUUUAUUAUAAUUAGGUACAUAUGCAUUUAAGCAGUUCCUCUGCAUAAAUGCAAUAUAAUAUUAAGAGCUAGCUACGAACUGCUAAGAAAUUUCCAUCUCUCAGGAUGGUUAGUCAUACAGGCGCAUGUGAUCAGUAGCUUGCGCUUGCGAACUUUUGAUGCAGUAUGAGGAUAUCCUCAGGAACACGAGCUAUAUUACUACAGCUCUAUAUUAUAUCAACUGACUAUAUUACAGGAUUAUAAACGAGAGGGCCUCAUAUCAAUAAUGAGAGAAAUUAUAGCAAGAGCGGAUAAAGAUAGAUCACGACUGUUGGUAGUCGGGGACUUCAACUUGAAAUCCAUACACUGGGAGGCACACGAAACUAGAAAUAGAGGACUUUUGGACCUGCAGAAUCGUAUACCUCAUCCUGGAAACAUUCAUGUAUCAACUGGUUAAACAAGCUACAAGGAUAAAGCAGAACAGUUUUAAAGAAUCAGUUUUUGGUCAGAUUCCUGGUCUGAGUUAGAGUUCGUUCCUUACACCUGAUGUAGCUGUUCACCUAGCAGUAAAUAGUUCCUGGGAGUUAGGCGACUCUUAUGGCUUGCAUCGUGGGGAAAGUUAAUGGUCGGCCUAGAGUCCUUAGAGGGAUCUUGAUAAGCUAACCAAAACGGGCUUCCUCUCCCAGACAAUGGUAAAUCGUAUGCAAUAUUUAAGAAUCAAGUUACAUCAGUUUAGAAGCAUAUAAUAUCUUUAAAGACAGUAUUGUUGACUGCAGUGCGCUUUUGUAUUUUCACUGAACGUUCGUUAUUGGCAGUACAACUUCUAUACAAACUUACUUUUGAUAUAAGGUAAUGAACCCAUCUGAAAAUUGGGAUAGCAAUAACUUUGCAUCCUCUUGUGGACCAAACAAAUACAGAAUCCAUCAAUCAUUGAUUUUUACCGGAAUACCAGUCCUCACAUUAGGCUAUACUGAGGAAUUACACUGAAAUAUAGCCAUUUUGAGAGAUAUUUAAAAAAAAUCAAAUUUUUUCGCAUUUUAAAGAAAAUGUAUUUAUAGGAAAAACAUAUUAGUAAUUUUUUUUAAAUUUAUAAGAAUAUGCACUAGUGAUCCCUAUAUAGUUUUAAGUUAGGAAUUACAUCAUUAUUUCUUUGGGACUAUACAUUUCAAAGUCUAAGAUGAGGCAGCUAUUUGUUAAUGUAAUAACAAAUAUGAAUGUGUGAUUUUUUUUCAUUGCGGUUAUAUAUAUCUUACCUAAUAGCCAGAACGCACUACUUGACUUGGUAUGCAAGGCCCGAUUUGCCUAACAGGCAGAGUGAUUUUCGUUAUUUUCAAAAUUUGUUUUCUAAUUGGAUUACCUGUAUUUGAAUGGAUAUUGUUAUAUUAUAUUAAGAACAUGAGUUACUGGCAUAGUUAAGUUUGGUGAGGUUAGGAAAAUUUAGGUUAGGUUAGGUUAAUUUAGGCUAGGUUAGUGUCCUCCGCGGGGGACGCUAAACCCCGAAAUCAUCUCAAGAUAACCUAGGUACGUUAGUUUUAGUUAUAUUCCUGCGUUAGUUUUAACUAAAAUAAAAAAAUAAUAAAUCAUACGUAAUUCAAUAGUAAGCUUUUAUCAUUCCAUAAACAAAUUAAAAAUAUAUAUAAUUUCAGAAAAACUCGGCUUGUUAGGCAUAUCGGGCCUUGCAUAUUUGGUCAAGUAGCGCCUUCUAUUAUAUAUAUUUAUAUAUAUAUACGCGCAUAUGUGUUCAAAUGAGUAGAAGUGGGUAAAUGAAGCAUUUUACGAGGAAUACUCUAGAUAUUAAUUGAAUCUUGGGGAAAAUAAAAAUAUAAUAAACUUCAGUGGCCAAGCCAGCCAAAUAAGAUUUGUUCAAAUCUUCUUAUCCUUACUCAAUGUUUACAGGGAAGUAACUAUGAUGAUUUACAAUGAGAUGAAUAUGUUGAUAAUAAAAGUGGUUACCAGUGAUACAGUGUUCUUUCGUGUUUCUUUAUCUAAAAAUCCUCCAAAAUGAGAGUACAUAUAGCGACUGUGGAGUAUACAAAAUGUGAACCCGGGUCGCUAAACAAAUUCUACCUUGUGUAUUCCUGGGCCAGAAAAACAAAUAAGAAAGUAACCUAACCUCUCCUAGACCUAGUAUAAUAAAUGUAAUACACUACUUAUACUAUUGCGAAUAUUAGACCUACGAUCGCUUACAUUAGGCCUAAAUGUUAUAUUAGGGUGUCGCAUUUUUUGAAUACCCUAUAGAAUUAUAAUAGUACAAAAGGUACAUAUGCAAUUCGCAGUCGCUACAUGUAAUAUCACUUUUGAGUUGGUUUGUACAUAAAUUGUAGUCUGGGCUUGCAGUUUCUAUCCAAACCAUUAGCCGGAGGAUUCUAGAAACAUUUUGAGAUCUCAAUGAUUUUCGGGCGAAAUUAACCCGAAAUGUCUCUCUCACUUGGACUGUAUGAUGGAUAACAAAAUGUUAAGCCCCUCCUGAAAUCAGGCUACAGUUAAUUAAUUCAUAUUUAUUAAAGUUAUUGAUACAUUUUAUAAUGUAAACCUAUUUUAAAAGUAUGCUAGUAUAUUUAUAUACUGACCUUGAUCCCAGAUGUAUGCCUACUCACUUGUAUAUAUACCCCUAAAUAGCAGACUGGUAGAGAAAUGAAUGUUGUGAGUUCUCGUAUGUGCCCCCUGAAGAUAUACUUAAUGGCCAGGAUGUAUGUUUCUGUGUGGCGUAUCUCAUCAUUCAUGUAUAGAGAAACUGUAGUACAAUUUGUAUAUUUUAUCAUAAAUUUAUGCAUAACUUGC